CGCGGUUAAAACCUUCUCCUGCUCCGAGGAGGAGCGCGCAAAUCCCUGCCCUGCCUCUCCGACGGCGCCUCCCGAAACCCGGCUCCCAGAGGACAGCGGCGGGUGGGGGGUCUGCUUUUCGGGAGGAGAGCCGAGAAGUGAGGGGAGACCCCAGGGAGACCCCGGCCCCUCUCCUCCUCCUCCUCCUCCAUCUCCAUGGUGCGCUCCACACGGCGAGGCGCUCCGGGGCUCUGAUCUCCUCCGACGCGGACAGGUCCAAAGAUUCAGACGAUAACAUGGACUGGGGAACACUGCAGGCUGUUUUAGGAGGAGUAAACAAACAUUCCACUAGCAUUGGGAAGAUAUGGCUUACGGUGUUAUUCAUCUUCCGCAUUAUGAUCCUCGUGGUGGCUGCUGAAGAAGUCUGGGGCGACGAACAAGAUGAUUUUGUCUGCAACACGCUGCAACCAGGAUGCAAAAAUGUCUGCUAUGAUUAUUUCUUCCCCAUUUCUCACAUCCGACUUUGGGCCCUCCAGCUCAUCUUCGUCUCUACUCCUGCGCUUUUGGUGGCAAUGCACGUUGCGUACAGAAGGCACGAGAAGAAAAAGAAGUUCCAAAGGGGAGAUAAAAGCUGUGAAUAUAAGGACAUAGAAGAAAUCAAGAGGCAGCGGUUUCAUAUUGAGGGUCCCUUAUGGUGGACAUACACUGCCAGUAUCUUGUUCAGGCUUAUCUUUGAAGCCUCUUUCAUGUAUGUGUUUUACUAUAUGUACCAGGGGUAUCAUAUGCCACGCCUGCUGAAAUGCAGCAUUUGGCCUUGUCCCAACAUUGUGGACUGUUUUGUCUCUCGACCCACUGAAAAAACCGUCUUCACCAUUUUUAUGAUCGCGGUGUCCGGCAUUUGCAUUCUGCUCAAUGUAACCGAGUUCUCUUACUUGCUGCUGAAGUUUUGUGUUCGGAGGUCGAGAAGAGCACGAACCCCAAAGAAUCACACCAACCAUGAGACCAAAGAGGAAAGCAAACAAAACGAAAUGAACGAGCUGAUUUCAGAUAGUUGCCAGAACACAGUAACAGGAUUUCCUAGCAGCUAAAAUGACCGCAAGCCUAGUAUGCAUUUGCUGAGGAAUAAACAAAUGGGUUAUGUCUGUAGGCAAUUGAUUAUAUUUAACUAAGCAAUACACUGAGCAGGUAAACUUGAGUAUUACGACAUGGUGGGAUUAGGCAUAUUUUUAAAGGUCUAUAACAGCACAUUAAGACUAAUAAGGAUUACAGAAAAAUUGACAUCUUUACAUGCAUAUCCUUACCAAGUCAGCUGUGAUUUGUUAGAGAGUGAUACUUGUUAGUGCCUUCAUAUCGACACUGAUCCUAAAAUCAAAUGCAAGGGCUGAAGCUGCCUUCCAUAUUAAAUACUGUUAGUACUGCAAGACACUUUACGACAAAGGUAGCAGUUUUAAUUGCAAGCUUUCAACUAAAUGAAAGUAUUUUUAUAAAGUCUGAGAUUUUAUGGAUGAAUGAGUAGCGCCAUCUUUUUUAUUAACAUUAUUAUUUCCUUCAAAACCGACACGAACGGUAAGAUCUUCAUACUAAUAACGUAGGCAUGAAUGAUUUUUAAGUAAAACGUCUCCACGCUGUAAAUAAUUCUUUGAAUAUUCUGUAUACUGCCAGUUAUAAAAAAAAUGAUGUAUUGCAAUACACUAGUGCUUUAUUCGUUUUUGAAUAAAAUAGAUACAUUCAUUUCAUGUUCUGUUAAAGGUCUCGGAAAAUUUCUUCUUUUUGUAAAAAAAUCCUCUAGACUGGAAAUGACAAUAGUAAGACAAAAAAGAGUAGUUGGAUGAAAAUAAUGUGAAUUUUUUUCUUUCAACCAGUAUGACUAAAAGUUUAGUAUAAAGUGUUAUAAAUAAAAGGAAAAUGCCUGUA